AUGGAAGGGUUGCAUCCAGACUCCGCUGCAGCGAUGACUGCGCAUCGUCGUGAAGCUGUCAGAUUGGCUCAGGAUCAGCAACGUGCUGUCGUCGAAAAGUGUACAAGAUCCAAGCAAUCGGAGCCUGACUAUAGAUUUGAUGAACUGAUUGGCAAAGGCAGCUUUGGGCGAGUGUACAAAGGUCGCCAGGUAUCUACCAACAAGGUAGUUGCCAUAAAGGUUCUUGACAUUGAUGAUGCAGAUUUCCACGCCUAUGGGGAACAAAAAGAUGAGCAAAUCCAAGAUUUCAACCGUGAAAUCAGGAUCUUGAGACAAGCUCAAGAUAGUGGUGCCGAAAAUUUAAACCCUAUGAUCGAAGCAAUGGCCGUACACAGUCAGUUAUGGCUGAUUUGUGAACAUUGCCCAGGUGGCAGUGUCAAGACAUUGAUGCGGGCUACCAGCGAUCGCCUCUCUGAAAAGUACAUUGUUGUGGUCGCCAGAGAACUAGCGAAAGCUCUCAAGGGCUUGCAUGAAGCCGGAAUCAUGCACAGAGAUGUGAAAGCUGCAAAUGUUCUCAUCCACCAAGAAGGCCGUCUUCAGCUUUGCGAUUUCGGUGUGGCUACUGUGCUUGAUACUCGAGCAGACAAACGGAAGACGUUCAUUGGCACUUUGCACUGGAUGCCACCCGAAUUGUGGACUGAAAAUCCAGAAUACUCAGACGAAGUUGAUGUUUGGGAAUACGGCUGCACUCUCUAUGAAUGCGCCGUUGGACGUCCUCCGAAUAGUGAUCUUCGUGAAAGACAGCAGCUGAAGAUGCGAAUGAGACGUCUGAAACAACCGCUUACACUCCCAGAGAAAGACAGUUUCAGCGACGGAUUACGUGCUCUAGUCUCAUACGCCCUCAGCCCAGAUGUCGCUACAAGACCAUCUAUGAAAGAUAUCUUGGAACAUAACUUCCUCCGGGAAACCGACGACACUCAUCCCACAAACAGUCUCAGCGAGCUUGUCCAGAUUUACUACGCCUGGCUCUUUGGAGGUGGUCAACGUGUUUCCCUUUUCAUGCCUGGCGGUGCCGCCGCGGCAGCAACGGAAGAUCCAGAUAACAACAUUGACGAUGUUGACGAAUGGAAUUUUGGCAUCACUCAAGACUUUGAGAGACGCGUUUCUGCCAUUCUCGAAAUCCCUGACUUCUCGGUCAUAUCACCAAGCGACACUAUGGAGGGAGAAGCAACACCAAAGGGAACCAUCAAUCCUUCAGGCCACUCGCCUCAAAUGACGCAGGCACAACUUGCUAAUUUCGAAGCUCGAGUCAAGCGUGGAGCGGAUCUUUCAAAUCUUUUUGAUCAGUCCAAACCUGCGUACGAGUACAAAACCAAGACUGACUUCAUCCCAAUUCCAGAACAGCGUCGUAUUUCAGACUUGCCUUUCCGAGCCAUGGCGGAAGAUCGACCAAGCUCCAUCGCAUCAAAUGUCAUUGAUCUUGGGGACUUUGACGAAGCAGAUUAUGCUGCAGUUGCUGCACCAAGAACAGAUGAAAAGAUCCAAACCUCAUACCCUGCGACCCCAAGAAGAGGAGAAACCAUCAGGCUCGCUGAUGCUUCAACCCUGCGCGACAAAAGAGCGAAUUCCAAAGGACCUAGAGAUCCCCAAAAUCAAUCACUCACUGCGAGACGCACCUCAUCAGCUGAAGCAGUCCCCAGAAAUACGGUUUCGCAUGACUUUGCUAUGUCUCAAGAAGACUGGACUGUUAAGAACAGAACCAAAGCACCAGAGCUACAGGAGCCGGCGGAAAUUACUUCAUCCCGCCCUGGUCAUGCAACUAUGGAUUGGUCAUUUGCCAGUGCCAUGUCAGAAGCAUCCGUGACUACUGUACCACAAAUCAAUGCCCCUGAACCAUCUCCCGUUCAACUCGAUGAACCGUCUGGAGAACCGUCUGGCGCAACAGAAACGACCCAGUUUGAACAAAAAGCGAGAAAACAUGCAACCAUGGAGUGGUCAUUUUCUAACGCCAUGGCUGAGGUAAGUGUCACAGAUGAUGACCAGGAUGAAAAGCCUUCUGCCCCAAGCAGUACUACAGUCAUCGAUUCUUCUCCGCCCAUGACCAGACAGCGACCGCUACAAGCAUCUCGUCCGACACCAACUAGACCUUCGCCUCUUACACGGCAGAUGACUAUGCCAGUAACCAUGGAUGAUUUCGCACAUAUCGAAGAACAAGACAUCCCUCGCCCGUCAACAGCAUUAAGUGAGGCUUAUUCAGACAUAUCUACGUCAUCCACGGACGUUGAUCCAUUUGGUCUCGAGCGUGAGGAUGACGACUACCCAGGCCCAGCAACACUGGAAGAGGACGUUGGAGCAGGAAUGAGCGCUUUCUACAGCGGCAGAGGACGAACGAUGCUCGGAGAGACCACGGGGAUGGCGUACAGCUCCCUGUCAACAGCAAACCCUCUCACUGGGUCUGGCCCGAGUCCAUACCCAAUGGGUCGGCCAGCAAGAAUCGGCGAAGAAGGCUUUCCAGGCCAAUCAAUCAAUACGUCAAUGGUCAACCGACCUGGAAGAGGUGCUGGCGGUGCGAGCAGUCACGCAAGAACAUCCUCCACCAUCCUCGCCUCUCCCUCCUCCUCUGGACAAGCCCUUCCAACCACGGGCACCACCGUGCACCGACCUGUCGUUGAGGUCCCCAGCGCAGCUCCUCCAAGCAUGGCGGUACUCUCUGACGGCGCGAGCACCGACGUCAUUGAGGCGGAACUCACCCGCAUGCUGGAGGAGAUGCAGGGGACUCUCAACGCGGCGAGGGGCGUGGUCGGUGGGUUGGAGAGAGGCUGGAGGAGAGAGAGGGAGAGUGAUGAGUGGGAGGAUGAGGAGCAUGAGUAA